GUUAUUUCGAACAUAUCGAAGACCAAAGAAAUCUUCGAGAAAAAGUACUCAACUAUGUUUUAGUUAUGGCUAGACCAUUAGUUAUGUAUCAAACCGAUCAUCCGGUAUAUUGGUCACCAGUCUAUCUUGCAAGCAAAGUUGACAAUUUAAAAGCUACCGACACUAUAGAUGGCAGACUUAUGACGACAGUAUCUGCACCGGUUUUUGACAGGAGAAACCAUUCGGAACGAGCCGCCAAUUUAUUGGGUGUGGUUGGUAUGGACGUCUAUAUUGACGACCUAAAGAAACUUGUUCCGGCCUAUAAGCUCGGUGCCAAUGGUUACUCCUUUAUAUUGGACAAUAAUGGACAUGUCCUUUACCAUCCUGACUUCCGACCAACGCAAUCUGAUUCGGUCAGACCUCAAUAUAAGACGGUCGACCUGAGUGAGAUUGAGUUACCGGACGUGGACACUAACAAUAACACUCUAUUGCUCGAAUUGAGGAGAGAAAUGAUUGAGCAGCGGGAAGGCGAAACUACUCUAAAAGUCAAAAAUCACUUGGAUAAUAUG